AAUUCAAACUGUCACCCAAAAUGAUAAGAGCUGCUUGAGAAGUGGUUGAAAGAAUGUUGAAAUUGAACGACGGUCGUGUGUGUGAAAUGAGUAUUUGUUAAUUAACCGGCAUUUUAGCGAUGAAUUCGAGCGAAUGAAAAAUCGGUGGUGUUAAUAAAGAAAUCGACAAAAUGUCAAUGUCCAUCGAUUAAUCAUUGCAAUGAUGGUUUUUCUCGUCCAGAAAAUCCCGUAAAAAAGUCGCCUCAAAAAUUGUCUCAGAAAAUUGGUCAGUGAAAAUGCAAAAAGAAAAGCGUUUCUAUUGAGUGCAUCGAGUGAAGAAGGCCGAAAAAAAUAGAUCAGUGUUGAUUUGGGAAUUAAUCGGAAUUCCAUGCGAAAGGUAAAUAUGAGUGUGUGUUUAGAACCGGGCGCAAUGGGUGCAGUGUUAAAAUGCGGAAAUAUUGAGUGUUCUGAGCACAGAGUGGCAGAUUGACCGCAUCGAAACUGGUUUUUGAACGAGUUUAUCCAAUCUAUGUCAUUCAUUUUAUCAUUUCACCGAUGACAGACCGAUCGCAUCGAUCGACAAAAAUCAUUCCCAAUCACACACAAUCGUUCAACACACUCACACAAAUUCGAAAGUAUUGGGUGAAUCUUCAUCCGAAUAAAAAAAAUUCUCUCAAUAAUUGCUCUUCGAACCGAAGAAGCGCGUUUGUUUUGAAAGCAGUUUGUUUGGAUUUAUUUUUUGUGCGGUGGAUUGCUAUUGAACAAUGUAUGUCAAAUUGAAUCCACUUGUUGGCUGUGUGAAAAGUACGACAGCAAUGCGCCGCAAUUUGACGAGCCUGUUCAAAUUCACACUGUUGUGUGUAUUGAUGGUGGUGUUGACGGUGUUUCUGUAUAAAACAUUCUUUUCGACACAUCAUCGGUACAGUCGCGAUGAUGAACGGGGUCCGGUGGCCAGUGCACAGCGUGCAGCAGCACCAUUUCAUCCGCGGCAAGGUGCAUUCUUUAUGGGCACCGAUAAAAACGCUAAACACGUCAAAAUCGAUUGGCACGACUAUAAAUUCAUUCAAGCUGAACUAUCGAGAAAUGGGAUCGGCGAACAUGGUGCACCCGCAUUUUUGCCAACCGAUAUGGAAGACGAACGCAAACGAUUAUUCGAUCAAAAUGGUUUCAACGCACUGCUCAGCGAUAAAAUUGCACUCAACCGAUCGGUGAAAGAUAUACGACACAAAGACUGUGCAAAACUUAAGUAUUUGAGCGAACUACCUACGGUUAGCGUCGUGGUUCCCUUCUUUAACGAGCACUGGAGUACACUUCUUCGCACUGUUUACAGUACUUUGAAUCGUUCACCGUCCGACUUAAUUGUUGAGAUUAUUUUAGUAGACGAUGCGAGCAAUAAGAAAUUUCUUAAAACCAAACUUGAUCAAUAUGUGGCGAAGUAUUUGCCAAAAGUGAAAAUUGUGCGGCUGAAAGAACGGUCCGGUUUGAUUGUGGCACGAUUGGCCGGUGCAAAAAUUGCAACCGGUGAUGUUCUUAUCUUUUUGGAUUCACACACUGAAGCCAAUACCAAUUGGUUGCCACCGUUGUUAGAGCCCAUAGCGAAAAAUUACAAAGUGUGCGUGUGUCCGUUUAUCGAUGUCAUUUCAUACGACACUUUUGAAUAUCGAGCACAAGAUGAAGGGGCCAGAGGUGCAUUCGAUUGGCAAUUUUUCUACAAACGAUUACCUCUGCUACCGGAUGAUUUGGCACACCCAACUCGACCGUUCAGGAGUCCGGUUAUGGCCGGUGGUCUAUUUGCUAUCAGUGCCAAGUUUUUCUGGGAAUUGGGCGGCUACGAUGAUGGACUGGAUAUUUGGGGUGGCGAACAAUACGAAUUGAGCUUCAAAAUUUGGCAAUGUGGGGGCGAGAUGUACGAUGCGCCAUGUUCUCGCGUCGGGCACAUCUACAGAGGAGGCGGUGUGCCUCAGCCAAAUGGAAGAAAAGUUGACUUCCUGCAUAAGAAUUACAAGCGUGUGGCUGAAGUGUGGAUGGACGAAUACAAAAACUAUUUAUAUGAACGUGAUCCGGAGCGAUAUGCAAGCAUUGAUGCGGGUGAUUUGACAAAGCAGAUGGCGAUUCGUGAGAAAUUGCAGUGCAAAUCGUUCAAAUGGUUUAUGGAAGAGAUUGCAUUUGAUUUACCGAAAAAGUAUCCACCGGUUGAGCCUCCCGAUUUUGCAUCGGGCACAAUUCGAAGUGUUUCACAUCCAAAUCAGUGCAUUGACACGCUGAAUCAUGGCAUUGGCCAGGAAAUUGGCGUGUAUUCAUGUGCCGAAAACCACAAACGACCCCAGCUCAAUCAAUUCUUCGUUUUAUCGUGGCACAAGGACAUUCGUGUGCAUGGCACCACCAAAUGCUGGGACCUUUCGGUUUCAUAUAAAAAUGCACCCAUCGUUUUCUACGAUUGUCAUGGCCAACAAGGCAACCAAUUCUGGAAAUAUAUCAUGGAUAAAAAAUGGGUGCAACACAACGACCGUUGCUUGGACUUUGAUCCAAAAACCUCCAAAGUCUUUGCAAAUGCAUGCGAUGCGGCCAAUCCAAAUAUGAUGUGGAAUUUUGGCUAUGUGAACACAACGGCACUGCAGCAAUUCGAUAAAAUUGGGGCGAAAAGAUAGAAAUAAUUUUAAUUUAUUUGACAUUUUUCUGAUGGCUACCGAUCUUAACUUAAGAUUUUUAAGGUAUAAUCUUGUAGGUUACCCUGGGUAACUUAUCCCCAUCCGUGAAAUGAAGUAGAUUAUUGAGAGAAGCAUUAGAAAAACACAAAACUAACAACCUUCGAACCAUUUGUUUUCGAACAAAGGAUGUUCAUCUAAGUGCAUUCUCCAAAACAGCUACAAUCAGAUGGAAUUUCUCUCAAGCCAUGGCUAAUAUCAUUACUAAUGUAGAUAUGAGAAUUUAAUUAUUUUUCGAUACCCGAUUUUUAUGCAAAUCAACAACCACUUAUAUUUUUUUCUUCCAUAUAUUGAUCACGAUGAAGUAUUGAUAUUUUAAGUAGAAAUGAACAAAACCGAAAAAAAACGCAUCGAUCAAUGUACAGACGCCAGCAGUGAACAUAACAUUCGCUAGUCAGUUAGUCAAUAAAUCAACGAAUUUAAAUGUAAGAGAACAACUUAUCCUAAUUUCAAAGAGUCCUGUAUACAAGUGUCACUCGACCGGGUGUUGCUACUUGGACUUUUGUUCGACUUUUAAUCCGAAACAUAUCUUCAUGUAUUGAUAUCAUUAUGUAUUUUGUUCUAAGCUCAUUUUGUUCCGCAAUGCAACGAGAAUUUUUAUCGAGAAUACGCAUUACGUUUAAGAUUGUGUAUCUGUUAGGUUAUUAUUAUUGUGAUGUUUAUUAAACAAUGAACAAAGAAAUUCGAUUUUUUUAAAUUUCAUUCCUUUUGAUUGUAUUUUAUGAUCAUCAGAAUCCGUUUGAGAUCCGAAGACGGUGUGACAUAGUUAAAUUUUCGCUCAAGUGUUUCAAAGUCAGCGAUUUCCACCUGAAAAUGAAAUUUUUUGGUUUUAAUUAUUAGACAAUGUAAUUUGAUGGGAAAAAAAUGAUUGAAUUGUUUUCAAAAUAUACAUUAUUUAAAUUGGA